AUGGAGAAUGUAGUUGUUCUUUUUCCUUCUUUUUUAGGGGACACAGUUCACCAUAAGAAGUCUGUUUAUGAACCAACCCGCCAUCAACGGUGUCAACAGUUAAUCUGCAGUAGAUCCUGGGCUAUCACCAUACUUGUUCUUUUGGGAAUGUUACUUAUAUUCAUAGCAUCCCUUGCUGCAUUCGCUCGUCCUGAGUGUCAAGCAUGUUCACCAACUUCAGAGCAUUGUCUUACUGAUCAACAACCACAAAAACAUGUACCCACUACUCCUAAACCAGAUUUUAUAUCAAAAAAUGGAGAAGAAUAUCCAUGGAAAGAUGUCCGUCUGCCAUCGUUUGUCAUUCCUAAAUCGUACAAACUGAUUAUGCAUCCAAACAUAUCAAAAUCAGAAUAUCAUGGUGAAGUGACAAUAGAUUUAGAAGUUAAGAAAGAAACAGAUUUUAUUGUUUUUCAUGCCAUUGAUUUUAAUAUAACUAACUACAGUGUUACUUCAAAUGACAAAACUAUUUCAGUCAAAAAACAUUUACAAUAUGAGACUUUUGAACAAUUUUAUCUUCAAUUGGAGAGGAAAAUUCAACCUAGUGAAAAUUUGAAGUUAUCAGUGAUGUUUAAAGGAGAACUAAAACCUAAAUUACAUGGAUUUUAUAAAAGUUCAUACAAAACCAAAGCUGGGGAACAAAGACAUAUUGCAGUGACACAUUUUGAGCCAACUGAUGCUAGAGAGGCCUUCCCAUGUUUUGAUGAACCUGCGUUUAAGGCCACGUUUGAGUUAUCCAUCACUCGCGAUUCCCAACAUAUCACAUUGUUUAAUAUGCCUCUAAAGUCCAGUGAGAACCAAGCCAAUGGAUUAAUAGUUGAUCAUUAUGAAACCAGUAAAAGAAUGAGUACAUAUUUAGUGGCCUUUGUUGUCUGUGAUUUUGGCCAUAUUCAUAAGACGACCAAAGAUGGAGUAAAGGUCAGAGUGUAUGCACCUAAAGAUAUGAUUUAUCAAGCAGAUUUUGCUUUGGAUGCAGCUGUUAAGAUAUUGGAAUAUUAUAAUACUUUUUUUGGUGUACCUUAUCCUUUACCUAAACAGGAUUUAAUAGCUAUACCUGAUUUCCAAGCUGGUGCUAUGGAGAACUGGGGUUUAAUAACAUAUAGACUAUCAGCUUUACUCUUUGAUCCUAAAACAUCUAGUCUAACUAGUAAACAAUGGGUAGCCACAGUUGUAGCUCAUGAGUUAGCUCAUCAGUGGUUUGGUGAUUUGGUUACUAUGAAAUGGUGGGAUGAUCUCUGGCUUAAUGAAGGGUUUGCAUCGUAUGUUGAAUAUCUUGGUGCUGAUAUUGUACUACCAGAGUUCCGAAUGAAUGACCAAUUUCUUCUGAAAGACUUUCAAUUAGGCUUGAAUUUAGAUUCUUUAAGUACAUCACAUCCCAUUCAAGUACAUGUUUCUAAUCCUGAUCAAAUUAAUGAAAUAUUUGACACAAUCUCAUAUAAUAAGGGUAGUAGUUUGUUACGUAUGUUAAGGUUUAGUCUAGGAGAAGAAGAGUUUAAGAAUGGUUUAAGUAGUUAUUUAGAGAAAUAUCAAUUUGGUAAUGCUGAAACUAAAGAUUUAUGGCAAUCUUUACAGUCUGAGAGUAAUUUAAAUGUAAAAGAUAUAAUGGAUACAUGGACAUUACAAAUGGGAUAUCCUCUAGUUACUGUCAAACAUACAGAUAAUACUGUUACAUUAUCACAAGAAAGAUAUCUAUUUAACAAACAACAACCUGAAAAAUCAGAAUUUACAUCACCUUACAAUUAUAAAUGGUAUAUACCUUUUACCUAUGUUACUGAUAAAAGUCCGAGUACUAAAAAAACAAUAUGGAUGAAUAAAACUUCAGUUACCAUACCAUUUGACAGUAGUUCAAGAUGGAUAAAAGGAAAUUUUGGAGUAAAUGGUUUCUAUAGAGUAGAUUAUGGUGAUAUCUGGCAUGAACUAAUUCUACAACUACGUAACAAUCAUCAGUUAUUUGAUAAAGCUGAUAGAGCUGGAUUGUUAGAUGAUGUCUAUAUGCUAUCAAGAUCUGAUAAAGUAGAUGUGACUACAGCUUUAGAUAUGACUCAGUAUUUAGAGAAAGAAAAUGAUUAUAUAGUAUGGUCUACUGUUACAUCAGGACAAUUCAAUUAUCUUUUUUCACAGUUGAGAUAUGAAGAAUCCUAUUCUGAUUUACAAGCGUACGUACAGAAAUUGAUAAACAAGCAGAUAAAGAUUGUAGGAUGGAAAGAUGAUGGUGAUAUUUUAAAAAAAUAUCUACGUACAUUGAUUCUCAAUUUAGCCGAGAGAGUUGGUCACAAAGACACUAUAAAGGAGGGCAAGGCACAAUUUAAAAAGUGGAAAGAUAAUCGAGAGAGCAUUAAUCAAAAUUUAACAUCAGUGAUAUUGACAAUUGGUAUUAAAUAUGGAGACAGAGCGGAUUGGGAUUUUGUCUGGAAUAGAUAUAAACAGACACAGGUACCGUCUGAGAGAGAUUUACUUGUUCGAGUUUUAACAGAGACUCAAGAUGUUCAUGUUAUAAACAUGUGA